GACGGUACCUGAAAGCAGCCAAAGUUCAAAAAGUAUGGCGGCGGAGUUUUUGACAACAAUUACAGAGCAGUGGAUACGGGACAGAUUACAAAUAACACACCCAUGUCUCGGUGAUGUUCGUUCACUGAGCCUGCCGGGGACACAGGAGGAGAAGAUCAGACAUCUCGGGAAUGCACUGAACAACUUUGUCCGUCUGAAGUCUCUGGAUCUCUCCCGUAACGCGCUCGUUUCCAUUGAGGGGGUCCAACACCUGAAAAUGCUUGAGAGACUGAUCCUGUACUAUAACUGCAUCCCUUCCCUUGAAGAGAUAAAAGUGCUGUAUGAGCUGAAGGCUUUGAAAGAGCUGGACCUUCGACUCAACCCUCUGACCAAAAGUUCCCCACACUACCGUCCUUAUCUGGUGCAUGCAAUGCCCAGCCUACGCAAGCUUGAUAGCUGCUCAGUCAGAGACACAGAGCGUAAGGCUGCCAUAAUGCAGUUCUCCUCUGAUGAUCUACCUCACCUGAAGAGCUCCUGUCCACACCACGUUAAAGACAAAAGAAGCAUUGAUCAGAGACUGGCUCUUGUUAACCGAGUAACCAAGAGGUUCUCUCCCCUGACUGACACCAAUGACAUUGUAUUGAACUUUGUGGAGAUGAAUCACCAAGGCCAAAGUGAAACCACCUCUGUGCACAAAGAGGCAGAAGAACCAAGAGAGGAAGGAUCUAAACAUUUUACGGAGCCGAGGAGUUCAACUCCAAAACAGGAAAUGGCUAAAUCCAUCCUAAGACAGCCCUCCAAAAAACAUGAGUCCUCGGUGCCACACAUGAAAGAGCCAUCUCUUAAAAAAAGCUCUACCUCAUUAAAAGUGAACGACGGACCAAAAGUUUCGUUUGGCCCUUGUGUGGAGAAACACAGACCUGUGCCUGGUAAACAAACCAGACAUGUGGCCAAAGGCUAUUUCACCCCCAAUCCUGAUCAAAGUCACGUUCAUUGUUCUUCAUUUAUUAACAUCCGGCCUCCCAGUCCGCGUAGUUCUGGUUUGAAUCCGUCUGACCACUCUAACCCCAUCUUACAUCCUCCAAGACUGACCUACUCCAGCUUUAAUAAGACAGAGGGGGGCUCCAGCCCGCAGCAGCACACAGAAAAGGCAAAAAAGGGAAGUUACAGGAAACCCCUGGAGAUGCUUCUUAAUCUCGUGGACAAACACUGGACAGGAGAGCGAUCACUGCAUCACAAUAACAACUUCCUGUCUCAGGCAGUCCACAUCCUCUCUAUGAUGGAGAGCGAUAUUUCCUGCAGGGAGGCUCAGGUCAGGACCUUAAGACGGGAAACUAAUUCACUGACCUUUCAAGUGGCUGCACGAGAGGAAGAGCACAGAGCUGAAGUCUGCAAUCUUUCUGCUCAGCUGGAAGAAACUCGCAGCGCCGCUGGCAAACUAAAUGAGCAGCUGAGAACUGUCUUGGAGGAGAACGUCGCUCUACAGAAACAGCUGAUCAAGUUGGAACGAAAGUACCUAAAGUCUAUGACGAAAAGCUCACCAAUGUCUCAGAUUAAAGAUGCUCAGACAGAAGUGGAGGAGCUGAAGAAAGAGAUCGAGGGCCUGAGGGAGAAAGUGCACGAGGCUGAGAAACUUAAAUAGGCUGAAAGAAAGCCAGGUCCCCGGUGGCUACCAGUGUUAGUGAGAGCUGAUGUGAAGUGUGGAACAUUAAAGAAGCAUCGGAAUGAGGAGAUGCACACCAGUAUGAAAAUAUGCAGCGUGUCAUAUUUGCAUUACAUAUUGCAUCAGCUCCUGCAGCUGAAGACUUUUUUUUAUUUUUUUUUUUUAUAUUUUUACUUUAUUUAUGUUACUACACUGUACAUCAGAUUUCUGUGAGCAUUAUGUUCCCCAGUCCAUUUGAUAAUUGUUAAUUAUUUAAAAAAAAAGAAUAUAUAGAAGACGGUGUACGCUUGAUGUAAACAAAACAAGGGGAAAGACAAUUCAUUCAUGCAACGUUGUGUAUAAGUGUGUGACAGAGCUGUUAUGUUAACAGAUGAUUUUAGGUAAGAAAAAUGUUAGUGAGAGGCUCAUGGUUUAUUUCCUGGAUCAGUAGCAAGAUGGUGUCUCUCUUGGCUGUUUUCCUUAUUAUUAUUACUUUUUAGGUCAGUUGUGUGUCCAUCUGCUUUGUAUGCUGUGGUGGAAUGAAUGCAUCGAGAUUCCA